CGCAGGUUUGGCCAUCUGGCUCCUCCGUUCACAAGACAAGAAGAUGUAACACAGUAGACGGAGAAACUCCUGAAGAAUAGACCCACCAAGCGUAGGAACGUAAAGACCUGUGAAGGAAGAGGAAAGGAAUCAUAUCUAAAAGCGUGUACAGUCCAUUUCUCCACCAGGCAUCCCAAUGCUGGCAGGUGGCUCAUCUGGGCGGGCGGCCCUGCUCGCUCUGCUGUUGGCUGUGGCUUUGUCCUGCGUUUGCUCAGCCGUGUCCAUAGAUGAGGCACGGAAGCAACUGUUUGCUAGGGAGAAGAUGAUGCGGCUGGGGGGACAACUCCUGCUGAGGAAAGAAGAAGAAGAAGCCAACGGGAAACUCAUGACGCUCAAAAAGGCUGAGAUAACCAAGGCCAUGGAGACCCAGAAGUUCCCACCCAGCAUGCACUUCUUCCGGGCCAAGGAACUCAUUGAGCAAAGUGAAGUGUUCCACAUCCUGAAGAAGAUGCCCAAAGGGGCUGCCUUGCACCUCCAUGACUUUGGCACAGUGGAUGUGGACUGGCUGGUGAAAAAUGUCACCUACAGGCCCCACUGCCAUAUCUGUUUCACUCCAAGGGGGACCCUGCAGUUCACCUUUGCCCACCCAACUCCCUCUAGCCUUAAGCAGGACUACUGUUCAAAAUGGAUUCUGCUGAAGAAUUAUAGAAGAAAUCUGAAGAAUGUCACUGAGUUUGACAACAGUCUGAUAAGGAAUUUCACACUGGUGACCAAGAACCCCGAGCUGGCUUACCAAGACCAAUCUGCCAUCUGGGCGAAGUUUGACUCCAUCUUCCAAGCCAUCUCUGGCCUAGUCCAUUACGCACCAGUCUUCAGAGACUACAUCUCCCGCAGCCUGGAGGAGUUCUACCUGGACAAGGUGAUCUACCUGGAGCUUAGAGUCCUGUUGUUGCCGGUGUACGAGCUAAACGGGAAGACCCACGACCAAGAGUGGAGCGUGAGGGCGUACCAGGAAGUGGCUGCGCAAUUCGCCAAGGACCAUCCUGAGUUCAUGGGACUCAAACUCAUCUACUCUGACCACAGAACCAAGGACCCGGCUCUCAUCAAAGCAUCUGUCCGAAUGGCCAUGGAGCUUCGCAGGGCCUUCCCCGACAUGGUGGCAGGGUUUGACCUGGUGGGACACGAGGACACUGGCCACACCCUGUACGACUACCAGGAGGCUUUGCUGAUCCCAAGCUUGGAAGGCGUUACACUACCAUACUUUUUCCAUGCUGGCGAGACAGAUUGGCGGGGUACUUCCGUAGACAAUAAUCUUUUGGACGCCCUGAUACUGAACUCCACCAGGAUUGGACAUGGGUUUGCCUUGAGCAAACACCCGGCAGUCAUGGAAGACUUACGGCAAAGGGACGUCCCCAUAGAAGUCUGCCCUGUUUCCAACCAGGUUCUGAAACUGGUGAGUGACCUGCGAAACCACCCUGCGGUUGCUCUCCUGGCCACUGGGCACCCUAUGGUGAUCAGCUCUGAUGACCCAGCCUUCUUUGGUGCCAAAGGCUUGACCUAUGAUUUCUAUGAGGUCUUCAUGGGCAUCGGGGGUAUGGAUACUGACCUGAGGACACUCAAACAACUGGCCAUCAAUUCUUUCAAGUACAGUGCCCUGCUGCCUUCCGAGAAAAAGAAUGCUCUAUGGACCUGGGAGAAGGCAUGGAAUACGUUUAUAGGUGAACUGGCCAAGACGUGAGAAGACAGCCACCCCCUGCUCUUCAUGGCCUCCCUGCCCCUGACCAUCAGAAACCUGUGACGAGUUGACCAGACUUACCUUUUUGAACUGUUCUUUCCUCUCAAACUGAGUGGCAUCAGCCAUCGCGGUGUUUCCUCACUUUCUUGGGUCAUUGCUUCUGGAUCCCCUUCCCCACAUCUCCCUCCUCUACCUCGUCUCUGCACUGGCUUUCCCCAGGGUCCGUGGGCGUCUCUUAUCUGCUGCUCUCUAGCUCCGUGCUCUUUCCUCCGACAGCAGGGCCCAUUCCCAGGCUCUCAAAUGCCAAUGGUGUGUGGGUGCUUUCCGGUUUAUGUAUCCAUCUGGAUGGCUUCCCAGAGACCUCAGACACAAAGGGACCCCUUUCCUGGUCUUUCCUUUCACGGUAAAUGGCACCUCUCUCCACUCCAAUCAGUUGGCCAAGGCCAAAAUUUUCGGAGAAAGACUUGACACUAUUUUCGUCCCUGCUCCCUACAUCCAGUGCAUCAUGAAAUCCAAUGGGAUCUACCUUCAAUAUCUAUUUCAAAUCCAUCUAGUUCUAUCUCUACUGCUCUGUGUCGAAUUCAAACCAUUAUCACUCCCUGCCUGAGUUACAGCAGUGGCCUACUACCCCACCUCCCCUUUUAUUCUUUUUGUCCCUCCAGUUCACUUUUUUCAUGGGGCAGAGUGAUUUUUUUUUUCUUAUCAACUGGGGUGAAAUUCACGUAAUUGACCAUUUUGAAGUAUGCAAUUUAGGGGCAUUUAAGACAGUCAUAAUAUAUGAUCCCCAACUCUGUAGAAUGACUUUUUAAAAAUUAAAUUAAACUGGGUUCCUUCACUGCUCUGAGCCAACGCACUUAAAACAAAACGGAAUGUCUCCACAGGGCAUGCGGCACCCGGCUUACCUGCCGUCUUCCCAUCUUACGAUGGCCUCUUGCCCCUUCAGUCUGCAGUGCUCACGCGCGGGUCUUUUGUCCUCCACUAUGCAAGCUCUACCCUCACUCUUUCCUCACUCGCUCCGCCUGGAGUGGUCUUUCUCCUCCCUUUUGCCUACCUUCCACCUGUUGGCUUUUUAGGCUUCAGCAUUUAUGCUCCUGUCUCAGGAAGCUUUUCCUGACCCUCUGUUAGACUCGUGGCACCUCUUUCUUUUUCUUCAUGCUGCCUAUCCUGACUUAUGUAUCCCUUACCAUGUCCACAGUCUCCCCUCCUCCCAGCAGACUGUAAGCCCAUGUGGAUAGGCACUAACAUGUAUGUCAUACACACUAUGACCCUGAAGUCGUGCCCCACUCCUAGUUAAUUUUCAGUUAAAAACAAGCAAAAAAACAAAAAUUCUUGAAGGAACGCUUGUGUUGUAUCCGUUGAGCUAGUUGCUGAGGCAGGAAGGAGCAGAGGGAGAGUGUCCCCAAAUAAACGACCUCAUGCAUUUACA